UUUUCCUUAUUCCAAUGGAUAUUGAAAAUAUUUUUUUUCUAAAUUCUAAUUGUUUUCUUUUAAUUCUUAUUGUUAUCUAAUAUAUUAUCUAUCUUAUUACCUCAAAAUAUUUCUCUAUCAAUAUGUUCCCCUCUAAAUACAGUUAUCAACAUCACUGGAUGAUUUAAAUAAUACAAACUAAAAAUUAAACUGAAAUCUAAACAUCUAACAAGGCUGCACUUUUUUUUCCAUUUUUUCUUCUACAAGUCAACCUUUCUCUCUCUCUCUCUCUUUCUUUCUUUCUUCCUAUCUCUUUCUCUUUCCCUUUUUACCUUUCUCUUUUUCCCUUUAUUUUCCUCUUUUUUUUCUUUCUUUCUUAAUUUUCACAUUAUAUUACAGAGAAAGAAAAAAAAAUAAUAUUAUAUGUAUACAUUCACAAACAUAUAUAUAUGAAUAUACAGUUGAAACAAUUUUGUCUCUCUAAAUUAUUUUUCUUUUUUGGAGACGUAAAAAAAAUUGACUGUAUAUAGAGACAGAGAAAAAGACUUGACAAGACAAUUGAAUAAUGGCUCCCGUUGACCCAACGGAUUUGCUUAAGGCUUUCAGGCCUUUACUCACCGUUUUAGGUGGAAUCAAGUCUCUGUCAGAUGUGCCUCGUUUAUCCCAGUUGAUGAAAAGAUACUCGAAAAAAUUGGUCAGCCGAUGCGUUUACUGUAAUAUACUUCUUGCGACAACACCGGAUAUUUUACUAUGCUUUUUGGAACGUGAUGGUUGGGACUUGAUCAAUGCCUGGUUAAAAGAGUCUAUCGAUGUGGACAAUUAUCGAUUUAUCUGUGAAUUGUUGGACCUUCUUGUUAAGUGUCCUAUGAAUAUUGAUAGGCUCAAACAGAAUGAUACACCAAAGCUGGUUAAAAGUUUAUCUAAACACUCUGACAAAGAGGUUUCCAAUAAGGCUAAAUUGGUGGUCAACAAGUGGACAGAGUUAAUUAAACCAAAUGAAAAUGUUAACAAUGGAAAUCUGGCCAAAAAGAAAAGGAAAAAAGAAAAGUCACAAGAUGAUGAUGAUGGUGAUACUGGUAAAAUCAAUAAGGUUAAAGGUACAGGAGGUGAUGCUAAUAACUCUGGUGAUGUAAUUACAGCCAAAAAUUUAACUAAAACAGCUGAAGAUGUGGCAACUAAUGAAAGUGUGAGCAAUGUUAAUCGCCCAAGAACCACUGCUAAGAUUAAAUAUGGUAAAUCUCGUAGUGUUGGUAUUUUAGAGGAACUCAAUGCAAGCUCUGGAAAGUCUAAAGGUCUGAACAAGAAAGGAGAUGAUAAUCCCGAUAAAUCUGGUCCUGGUAAUAAAAGUAAUAAUUUAAACAAUAACAAUUCAACGCCAGUUUCCAAUAUUGGUCAACCCGUUCAGUCCAAAACUGCAAGUAAACAACCAUCAAAACCUACUCUAAAAGAAGCAGUAGGAUUUAUUGAAGAUAUAGUGAGUCUCUCAACUACUGGUCAAGGAAGAAAAAGAAGAAAAUCUGACUCGAAAUCAAAAUCUUCAUCAACCCCAGGUAGUAAUACUGCCAAAGACUCUGGUACUGGUGAUUCCAAUCAGGCUGAUGAACCUGGAACAGGCCAAGAACCAAUGGACCUCAAUGACGAUACAUCAAAUGAGGUAGAAGAGGAAAGGAUUACAUCAGCAUCAGGAGAUGAUUCAAAUAGUAAUACUAACUUUAGCAAUACAAAUACUAACAAUAAUAUUGAUGAUGAUAAUGAUAAAUUACCAAUUGUUCCGGAACUUGAUAAUUUGGUUAUACCUGAAAUUGAGCCAAGCAAAUUAUCUGGUGUGAUAAAAUCAAUUCUUAGUUAUGGUAGACAAUCUGGUAAAUCUAAAAAAUCAGUUCGAUGGAGAGGUGAUGAUAGACUUAGAGAGAUUAAAUUCUUUGAGCUUGAUGAAACUGAAAGAACCAACGUAUCUAAAUCAAAUUUCGGUGAUUUCCGUGCUAAUGAUAUAAGGAAUGAGAGACAAAUGUUACAACAACUCAGAAGUAAUCGUGGUAAUCCGGGUACACCGGCUGCUACAAUGACACCAUCAACAGACAAGUGCAUUACUUAUCUUCCUUGGAAAUUAAUUUUAAUCGAUCUUCCUCCUGGAUUACCUUUAAUUGAAUCAGGAAGUCAAUCAGAAGAGAAACGUAUACAAGCCGCAAUGGCGAACAAUGUAUUACUCAAUGCGGAUUUCUUCCCAAUUAAAGAAAAUCCCAAUGAAUAUUAUCCUAAAGAACCUGAUGCAAUGGAGCCUGGUGGUGAAAGAAAUGAUGGUCCAACUGUGAUUCCCUUGGAAGAUGAAAACUUUACCAUUACCGAUUACUCUUCAUUACCUCCACCUCAACCUCGAACUGGUGAAAAUUAUCCAGCAAAUCGUGGAUUACCCAUCGGCUCUCAAGCCGGUGUUCCUGGAUCUUUCCCUCGCCCAGGAAUGAAUACCAGAGCUCCAGGUGUGCCAGUGGGCGGUAGAACACCUUUCCCUUCGGCUGGAUUUGUUCCCCCAGUCGCUGGAUAUCCACCUUUCGCCGGACCCGGUGGACCUGGGCCUGGACCUUACCUUCCUCCUGGAGCUGGUUCUCGAAUGAUUCCACCUCGACCUAUGCCAGGGGGACCAGCAGGACCACCAAUGCCCGGUUUUCAAGGGGGACCAGGAGGAUGGCCACCAAGACCUCGACCUCCACCAGUAUGUCGUUAUUUCCUAAAAUCAGGAAGUUGCCGAUUCAUGGCUCGAUGUAAUUAUCUUCAUCAAUACCCAAAUACAAAUAAUCUCCAUGGACCAGGAUCAUCUUCAUCAUCAAAUCAAUCUCACAUGGAGUAAUAUAAGAAACAAAAGAAAAUGGUUCACCUUUUUUCGUUUACUUUUCUCGUCAUCUCUUACCAUCUACAUAUUUCAUUCACCUUUUGCAUAACAUUGUAGCUUUGCCAUCGCCAUUUUUUCAUCGUAAAAAAUUCAUUCGACAUUCAUCAUCAUGUUCUUUCUUGAACACUCCCCCCUUGCCCUUCCUCUCUCCUUCUCUCUCUUCCAACAACUUUUGUAAUUAAUAAUUUUGGCAAGUUGAGCUCGAGAAUUUUUCUAAUGCAAAAUUUUGUCACCUCUUUAUAUGUUGUACCAAGAGCAAUAAUGUUCAUAUUGACACUUCUAUCAUCUUUCUUAAUCUUAAAACAAAAUGAUUACCUCUCCUUAAGCUCCAGUCAAAUCCUUAACUGUCUUGUUGUUACUUGAAAACGUUACCUGUUGAUUUACAAGUACACUUUUUUUCGUUCUUCGCAUCCUUCCCACCAAACCCUCGCUAUAAAUUUAUAACCAUUUCAUUGUUUUUUCAUCAUGUCUCUGUGAAUAGACUUCACCUUCUCUCUCUCUCUCUCCUUAUUUUCCAUACAAACGAAAAAUUCCUCAUCAACAAUUAAGAUGUAAAUAUACACCCAACUUAUAGCUCCAUCUUUAACUAUAAACAACGAUCGGAGAAUUAAUGUUUAAUAACGAGCAAAGAAGAAAAAAAAAAGAAAAGAAAACCAAAUUAACAGUUCAAAUGAAAGAAAAAAAAACAAUUGAAAUGAACUAAACUUGGAAAGUAUUGUUAAUACUAAUUCAUUUCAUGAUUCAAAUCAAAUCAAAUCAGUUACCCAAAUUUCAAAAUUAAUUGUCAAUCAUAGUUCUUCAUUAACAAUUAAUAAUUCUCAGAUAACUAAGCUAAACCAAUAGACUAAUGAACAAAUAUUUAACUAAAUCAGAUUUAAUUAGUGAUUCCAUUAAUUCAAAGCCUUCACAAAGGAUUAAUGAUGAUAAACUUUCAAGUAUCUUAAUUGUGUUAUAAAAAUGGUUUUCUGGUGAUAAUUUGAAUUCUCAUUUGAAUCAUGAUUUGAAGUCUAAAAUAAUUUUGAUCUAAUAAAAAGAAAAUGUUUCAACUUAA